AUGUUCUUCUUGAAAAUUGCCAGCGUCUCUGCGCUGACGGCUCUCGCAGUCGCCGCGCCGUCGUCCUCCAGACAUGUUCUUCAUGAAAAGCGCAAGCAGCCGGCGACCGAUUGGGUGAAGGGUACGCGCAUCGAAGGGUCCGCAAUUUUGCCGAUCCGAAUUGGAUUGACGCAGUCAAACCUGCAUCAGGGACCUGAAUACCUAAAGAUGGUAUCGGACCCGGCCUCCGAAAGAUAUGGCAAGCAUUUCUCAAUGGAAGAAGUGCAUGACUUGUUUGCCCCGGCGGAGGAAAAUGUCAACUCUAUUAGACAUUGGCUGCACGAGGCAGGCAUUGAUAAGUCGCGAAUCGUCCACUCCGAUAACAAGGGCUGGCUGGCGUUUGAUGCGACCACCGAGGAAGCCGAACGUCUGUUCCAGACCACGUAUUAUGAACACGAGCACGCUCAGAGUGAUCGAGUUCGUGUAGGUUGCGAUGAAUACCAUCUCCCUGAACAUAUUGCACCGCACGUCGACUAUAUCACACCGGGAAUCAAGAUGACCCAAGCAGUCAAGCGCACUGUGAAAAAAGAGAAGAGAGCAAGCAACGCCUAUUCUUCUCGCACCUCAGCUUAUGCACCAGCUCAUUGGGGCAACCCGGCAGGACAUAACCAUCCUGGCGGCUCACCAAGCUCUGAUCUUGCAAGCUGCAGCUACAAUAUGACACCUCCAUGCAUCCGGGCAUUGUAUGAUAUUCCCUUGCCAACCAAUAAGCCGAACCCAGGCAAUGCCCUCGGUCUCUACGAGCAGGGAGACUACUUUGCCAAGUCUGAUCUAGACCUCUACUGGAAAUACAUCUACAAUGAGGUUCCUGAGGGCACUUACCCGAAGCCCCAGCUGAUUGAUGGUGCCAAUUACUCCGUGCCAGCAUACAGCUCUUUGAAUGGGGGAGAAUCAAACAUUGACAUAGAGAUGGCGUUUUCUUUGAUUUACCCACAGGAGGUUGUGCUUUACCAGGUCGACGAUCAGCUGUACGAGCCUGCAGAAGUUGCUACUACCAACUUAUUCAACACCUUCCUGGAUGCCUUGGAUGGGUCCUACUGCACAUACAGUGCUUACGGUGAAACUGGCGAUGAUCCUUCUAUCGACCCUGUGUAUCCCGACGACGAAGCAGGUGGAUAUCAAGGUCAGCUGCAGUGUGGUGUUUACCAACCCACCAAUGUUAUUUCGGCAUCGUAUGGACAGAGUGAACAGGACCUUCCAAUGAAAUACGUCGAACGCCAAUGCAACGAAUUCUUGAAACUAGGCUUACAGGGCCACACGCUUUUGUUUGCUGCCGGUGACUAUGGCGUCGCCUCCUUCGCCAACGAUGGGCCCAACGCAAACGGCUGUCUGGGACCAGACGCCCGCAUCUUUAACCCGCAAUACCCAUCUGGAUGUCCCUAUGUGACGUCUGUCGGCGGUACAAUGCUUUACCCAGGCCAGGAUGUCACGGAUCCAGAGAGUGUGAUGUGCGCUAACUUGGGUGGCACUGCAGCCAAUUUCUCCUCUGCAGGUGGAUUCUCAAACUACUUCGCCAGGCCUUGGUACCAGGAGGAAGCUGUUGAAGAAUACUUCCGGGUUGCAAAUCCUUCUUAUCCAUACUAUGAGGAACUGAACGUUGAUGUCAACACGACCCAGGGUCUGUACAAUCGUAUUGGCCGUGGAAUUCCCGACGUGGCUGCCAAUGGAGCUUAUUUCCCGUCUUUCUUGGAUGCAGAAUUUGUGCAUUUCUUUGGUUCAAGUUUGGCGAGUCCAUUGUGGGCUUCGGUUAUCACUCUCCUCAACGAAGAGCGCCUCGCAGUAGGAAAAUCAACCGUUGGUUUCCUUAACCCGGUUUUGUACGCUAACCCGUGGGUGUUGAACGACAUCACGAACGGUACCAACUUGGGCUGUGAUACAGAACAUGGGUUCGAAGCUGCUGACGGCUGGGACCCUGCCACUGGUCUCGGCUCUCCAAAUUUCAAUAAGCUGAAGGACCUGUUCCUAAGUCUUCCUUAG